UCCUGGGUGUGAGCCGCCAGUGGAGCUCAGCCUCAGAGACGGAAAACACCAGGAACCUCUCAACCUGUCUGUCAUCUGGCACCUGCCCGGAAAACCUCUCGUCCUCCCCCCGCAGCACGGACCGACAAUGGGCCACCACCGGAGCUAGUUUUGCUCAGAGGACACACGCCGAGGAGGGGGAACUGUGCUAAAAUAACUACCAGGUCGAGCCUCCAACCGCCGCCGUCUCACUCCGGAGCAGCACCAGGGGGACCAGGGGGCACAGUGGAGAUGCAGACCUUCCUGAAGGGCCGGAGAGUCGGCUACUGGCUCAGCGAGAAGAAGAUGAAGAAGCUGAAUUUCCAGGCCUUUGCCGAUAUGUGCAGGAAAAGAGGAAUAGAAGUUGUUCAGCUGGAUCUCAGCCAGCCUCUGGAGGAGCAGGGUCCGCUGGAUGUCAUCAUCCACAAACUGACGGACCUUAUCCUGGAGGCUGAUCAGAAUGAUUCACAGGCUGUGCUGCUCGUUCAAAGAGUACAGGAAUAUAUUGAUUCCCACCCUGAGACCAUCGUUCUGGACCCCCUCCCAGCCAUCCGAACUCUGCUGGACCGCUGCAAGUCCUACCAGCUGAUUCACAGGCUAGAGAGCUGUAUGCAAGAUAAGAGGAUUUGCUCUCCUCCAUUCAUGGUCCUGAACUCUGAGUGCAGCCCAGAUGUGCUGGAGCAGAUCAGGAGACAAGGACUCACAUUCCCCUUCAUUUGCAAAACACGGGUGGCUCAUGGCACCAACUCCCACGAGAUGGCCAUUAUCUUCAGUGAAGAGGACCUGAAGGACGUGAAGCCUCCAUGUGUGAUCCAGAGCUUCAUCAACCACAACGCGGUGCUCUACAAGGUGUUUGUGGUGGGCGACUCCUACACCGUGGUGGAGAGACCUUCGCUGAAGAACUUCCCUGCUGGUCCAGCAGACAGGAAAGCCAUUUUCUUCAACAGCCACAACGUUUCCAAGCCGGAGUCGUCCUCAGACUUGAACUCGAGAGAGAACGUCGAGGGGGUUUCUCAGCCGCCCAGCGAUGACGUCAUCAGAGAGCUGUCCAGGUCCUUGCGGGAGGCGCUGGGCGUGUCCCUCUUCGGCAUCGACGUCAUCAUCAACAACCAGACCGGCCAACACGCCGUCAUCGACAUCAAUGCAUUCCCUGGCUAUGAGGGCGUCCCAGAGUUUUUCACUCACCUCCUGAACCACAUCAGCAGCGUGAUCCAGAGCCACAACCCUGACUUCGCCCCGGCCAGCGAGCAGCCCAAAGGCCUGCCGGGGAGCACCACGGUACCCAGCGCCGCCCCCCCCGCCCAGGGCUGCUGCAGCCUGCUGGGGAAAGACGCCGGCGGCAGCCCCUGGAUCGUGGAGGGCGACGGGGGUCUGAAGGGUCCGCGUCAGAGACUGGGCUGCAACUCGGCCAUGUCCCCCAACUUCCAGCAGCACUGUGUCUCCACGAUAGCUACCAAGGCUUCCUCUCAGUGACUGACCCCCCCCCCCGCUCCGUUUGACCCCUGAACAAAACAAAAAAACGGAUGACAAUGGUGACAAUAAUAAUUGAAUAAUAAUCAUAAUAAUUAUGAUGUUAAUGAUGAUAAUAUAUCUAAUCAAACAAAUCUUUUCCUAUAUAGUUAUUGAAAACGAUGGUGAUUGGCUGUAAACCUUUUUUCUCUCUGCCUUUUUGUAUUUUGCGUUUUGUCUAAUGAGACUUAACAGUACUGUAAUGUGAACUUUUGGGAACUUUUUUCGCCUAAUCGCUGAUUUUAUGUUUCUCUCUUGUGUGAGUUCUCUGUAACGAAAGGGUCCAGAUGAGGUAGCUAAUGGGGGAAAUGGCCGAUUUCAGGAUGUGCCACUAAAUGUGCAAUGUAUGACCCCUCGUAUCUCACGUGCGCACACAGGUACGCUAACACUGCGACAGACCGUGCCAGUGAUGUGUGUGUGUGUGUGUUUGUAUUCUGGUCAAUACCACUGACUCGUCUGCACAGAGUGAGGGUGAGGAGAGGGGACUGGGCAUUUGAACACUACAGAUCCCAGGCUGCUGCUAUGUGACUGUGGCCAAGCGACGUCAGGGGACACGAGGAGUGUGAAUAUGAAUGACAAGGCAGUUUGGGGUUUUUUGUUAGACAUUAACAAACAGGUUAGCUGUUUACUUUUCAUAGUGCCAUCAAAUUGAAUUCAAAGUGUUCACGCACACUUUCAGAAGAACAUCAUUUUCAAAGGUUAGAAAAGACAAAAAGCUGAAACUCCAUCACCGCCCGACCAAGUUUUUUUUUUUUUAAUGAUUGUCGCUGCGUUUAUGGCUCAUUGAGUUUUACCGUACGUCAGGUCGCACGCUAGUCGCACCGGUGCCGAAAGACGAGGAUCACAUUCCUUUUUUGUUGUGUUUUGUGGAUGUUUUCAGAGAAUUCCGUGAUUUCUUCCAAAUUCCAGUGGGACCUUGUGAGAUGUCUCACAUUGCUUCCUGGUUUUGUCGUCUCCUUAACUAGACUGUCAGCGUGUCGUCAGUGCUUUUACCUGUAAAGUGAGUAAGAGCUACUCACCUGAGGCUCACUGACCUAUCAACAGACCUGCUGUCGAUUCAAUUACUCCAGUAAAGUCAUAUGUGUUGAAAUCAGUUCUUAUCAUUCUCAAGAGGAGUUUCUUCAGCUGUAUUGUCUCCGUUUUAAUCUCACUCUAACCGCACUUAUUACAAAAUGCAGUCCUCCCUCAGUCCAUCUGGUUCAUUCGCUUCGAGCGUUCUACUCCGACGUGUCUUCUGGUCCAGCUGCUGUACGCGUGUCGCAUAUUAAAAAUCAUUAGGAGGGAGAAGUGGUGGGAGGAGGUCCAGCUCUUGUUCCCAGUGUUCACUGUGAGAUUUUUUUACUUCAAUUUUGUUAAUAUCUUUGUCCUUACAUCUACUAAGAGCAACUUUAUUUUAUUGAGAUUUUAUGGGGGAAAAAAUGUUUUAUAUAAAUUAAAUGAAAGCAUGUGAUGUUUUCGAACAAACGGUGGCCAUUUAGUAGGAUAGUAAAACGCUGGAUGUGGUUGUCGUGAAGGGACGGAGGAGCUCGUGGUUGCCGGCGCCGUGUCCCUCUAGCAUCUAGUGGGAACAACCGUCAACCCUUCAGUGCUGAUGCAGAUUACUGCCCCCACCCCCGAGCCUGCUUCUUCUUCUCUUGUCCCAGAGAGCUCGUCCUUGCUGAUUUUAUUCCCGCUCCCAUCGGUAUCCGAGAGAAAUGUCCUAAAUAAGAAGUGUCACUGCAGCCGUCUCACCAGCUCCUCUCUGGGACAAAAGAAUAGCGGUGGCAUCCCAGGGAUCGUUUAGGCUUCAUCUCGUGAGACAACCCCCUUAGUAUCUGGUUUGAAUCCCCCUCCCACAGGGCGAGUGUGGUUGUUGAGGUAUUGUAACAGGUUCAGGGGAAAGUUUCGCAUCCCCGUCAUCUAGGUGUGUCCUCACCUACAACUAAGGGGCGAAGUUCUGGAUGCGUUCCUGCUCUGAUCGGAAAAGGCUGAUUAUCUGUGUACAUCACUAUACUCUGCCCUAUCUUGUGUUCCUAAAUGUGCUUCUAACUGGGAAAUAAAUCGUAGUAAUGGUUAAUCCGAACCUUGAUUAUUUCCACAACACGGACGUGUCAUCUUUCUCCCGAUUUCCACCUGAAUGUUUACUUCUUGGGUGUCUUGUACAGUACGUGUAUAUAUGCCUAGGCUUACAUCCGUACAGUAUGUUGUUUUGUAUCAGUUCUGUAAUUGAGAGGAAUCCACAAUUUUGUGACCUUUUUUUAAUUAAAUGGCCAAAACAACAGGGCAAAAUAAACAUAUGAAACCUCA